AAGAGAUCUUCACGUGCUCGGUGCUGCUGUUGCACAUCGCCAAAGGACCGUUCUCAACUCGCCCUGAAUCUGCACCACUGCCCCUCACUACCACCGUGGUCUGGCCUGCCGCUUGUCACCCGGCACGAAGCUGAGGCUACAACCUUGAAACUAGCACAUUGCUUCAGACCUUUCAAAUGGCGGACAACGCAGCUGUACCGUCAGCUGGUCUGGCGGGUGUCCAACGUCGUGCGGCGGACAGCCCGGAUGCAAAAUACCGGGCGUUUGAUACAUACCCAUGGACCAAGGACCGGCCUUUCACUGCACAACUGGCGAGCGCUCUCGAGGCCGCUGCACAGUCCCCAGGGUCAAGCCUUGUCUCAGCUGCUCUGGCAGCACGGACAGCCCGUUUCGAACAACAGACAAAGAUCAAGAUCGAUCCUGCGGCAUACCAAGCGUGGCUUACAGCGAAUAACGCAAGGCAGCCACCAUUAGUCCCCGAACAGAUCGUCAUGGCGGAAUCCAUGGCUGUUACGGACCCCGCGGAACGCAGAUUUGCGCAACUCCUGGUCGAGCUUGGCGAACCGCUUGGCCGGAUCGCUUUGCAGACCGAGGCUCAGAACGCAGCCAGUGGAGGGGAAGUCGCUUCUUCUUCUUCUCCCGUAGCAGUACCACAAGCUUCCGAAGCGGACGCAGAGGUCGAUGGGACGGUACCAAGCUGGCAGGCUGCAGCACCCAAAGCGGAGCUGUAUGUCCCCCGGGAUGUAGACUCCUCGGGAGGUAGCGGCGGCGGCAAGGAGCAAUACCCCAAGAAGUUUAUGGAAAUCGUCGAGUUUAUUCAGACAGGGAAGCCUAUCGAGGGUAUACGCAAAAUUCCAGAUACAGUCGUCGAGGACCCAUCCAUAUCGACAACAGGCAAGAUGCAAGCACCGCUAAAGCCCUGGGAACGGCGAGCUGCCGCCUCAAGUGGCGAUGCUAGCUCAGCCAUGGCAACCGAGACGUCGUCAUGAGCGCAAGCCUUGUUCGAAGCAUGCAGUCGAUCAUGAAUGACAGGCUUCUUAUCCACCACUAC